UUUAAAAUAAUACUCUGAACGAACUUAAAGGUUGUUUUAAAAAUGUCUCGAAAGUUAUUAAUAAUCAGUUUGGUGAUAGCCGGCAAUUUAAUGGAACUGAUUUUUGGAGAGCACUGUGAAAAGAACUUUGAAAAUUCAAGCUGUUGUUGUGAUGACUAUGAGAAUGUGGCUAGAAAGCUUUCAUGUGAUGUCGAGAAAAUUAAAACUUCUUUGGAUAACUCAAAAAAGGAAACAAAAACAAAAGGUCUGCCAAUCUUCGAUAUACGAUUCGAUAAAUACCCUAACACAUGCCCAAAUCUGGGAAUACCCUCCAAUUGUGCCGAGGCUACUGCUUGCACCAAACGCAAUGGUUAUCACAAGAUUAAAAUCCCAACAUUUAGCAACGACACUUUCCUUGUGGAUUGUGAUGCUCGCACAGAUGGUGGUGAUUGGACCGUCAUUCAACGGCGUCAUGAUGGUUCUGUUGACUUCUAUCGUGAGUGGAUGGAUUAUAAGCAUGGAUUUGGUAAUAUUGAUGGGGAGUUCUUUAUCGGUUUGGACAAGCUGCAUGCAUUGACUAAUUACCAGGGUCCGCAAGAGUUGCUGAUUCUUAUGGUGAAUGGCUCCAAUUCAGUGGAAGGAUUUGCCAAAUAUGAUGACUUUGUUAUAGGCAAUGAGAGCGAAAUGUACAAACUAAAGCGUACGGGUCAUUACGUGGGUACGGCUGGUGAGUCCUUGAAGCGACACAUAGGCAUGAAGUUUUCCACCAAGGAUCAAGACAACGACGUGUACGCCGAAGGCAGUUGUGCUGUUUCGUAUAUGGGUGGAUGGUGGUAUGAGAAAUGUCACUCAAGCAAUUUGAAUGGUCAUUAUGGCGAUAAAUCCUAUAGCAAAGGUAUAAAUUGGUAUAGUUUUACAGGUCAUACGUCCACAUUGAGAUUUGUUAAAAUGAUGGUAAGGCGCCGUAGAGGCUAAAAUGCAGUACUAAGAUCUUUAGUUAAGGAAAGCAGAAUAAAACACCACAAUACCAAAUUAUUGUUAAUCAAUCGGAUGCAAAUAAAUGAGAUGAAACCUUGGAUAUCAUACGCAAUGUAA